AGAGGGAUGCGGGAGGCAGAGCGCGAGAGGCGGCGGGGAGGCUGCGGGGCGCCCUGACUGUCCCUGCACCCGGCUUCCUCCGAGUCCUCUCCUCUGCCCUCCCUCUCCACCCCACUCCACCCCCGGCUUCUGGCUUCUGCCCCGGGGUGUCCGCGAACACUCCCCCCGGACACACACGCCUCCCGAUGGCAGGAGCUCUCCGCGUCUCGGGAGUAGCGUCUCAGCCGCCGACCCUCUCGCUCCCCGGGCUGAGCCGGGUCACUGCGUGUUGCUGAAACUCGGGGGAUCAUGCGCGGGUUUGGCUGCUGCUUCCCCUCCGGGUGUCCCUGCCGCCCCCGCCGCCGCCGCUCCUGCUGCCGCCGUCCGCGGGAUGCUCAGUAGCCCGCUGCGUGGCCCCCGCGAUCCUGCGUUCUUCCGAAGCGGUGUGCUGCUGCAGAGUUGCGCGAACUAGUCAUGGUGCUGUGGGAGUCCCCGCGGCAGUGCAGCGGCUGGACACUUUGCGAGGGCUUUUGCUGGCUGCUGUUGCUGCCGGUGAUGCUGCUCAUCGUGGUCCGCCCCGUGAAGCUCGCCGCCUUCCCUACCUCCUUAAGUGACUGCCAAACCCCCACCGGCUGGAACUGCUCCGGUUACGAUGACAGAGAAAAUGAUCUCUUCCUUUGUGACACCAACACCUGUAAAUUUGAUGGGGAAUGUUUGAGAAUUGGAGACACUGUGACUUGCGUCUGUCAGUUCAAGUGCAACAGUGACUAUGUGCCUGUGUGUGGCUCCAAUGGGGAGAGCUACCAGAAUGAGUGUUACCUGCGUCAGGCUGCAUGCAAACAGCAGAGUGAAAUACUCGUAGUUUCUGAAGGAUCCUGUGCCACAGAUGCAGGAUCAGGAUCUGGAGAUGGAGUUCAUGAAGGUUCUGGAGAAACCAGUCAGAAGGAGACAUCCACCUGUGAUAUUUGCCAGUUUGGUGCAGAAUGUGAUGAAGAUGCUGAGGAUGUCUGGUGUGUGUGCAACAUUGACUGUUCUCAAACGAACUUCAAUCCCCUCUGUGCUUCUGAUGGGAAAUCUUAUGAUAAUGCAUGUCAAAUCAAAGAAGCAUCAUGUCAGAAACAGGAGAAAAUUGAAGUCAUGUCUUUGGGUCGAUGUCAAGAUAACACGACUGCAACUACUAAAUCUGAAGAUGGACAUUUUGCAAGAACAGAUUAUGCAGAGAAUGCUAACAAAUUAGAAGAAAGUGCCAGAGAACACCACAUACCUUGUCCAGAACACUACAAUGGCUUCUGUAUGCACGGAAAGUGUGAACAUUCCAUCAAUAUGCAGGAGCCAUCUUGCAGGUGUGAUGCUGGUUAUACUGGACAACACUGUGAAAAAAAGGACUACAGUGUUCUGUAUGUUGUUCCUGGUCCUGUACGGUUUCAGUAUGUCUUAAUCGCGGCUGUGAUUGGAACAAUUCAGAUUGCUGUCAUCUGUGUGGUGGUCCUCUGCAUCACAAGGACCAAAUUUUAAGUAAUCACAUUGGACUAAGAUUUCUGAACUUUCCAACCUUCUAGGAAAUGCCCCAGAAGCAACAGAAUUCACAGACAGAAGCAAAAUACAGGGCACUACAGUUCAGACAACACAACCAGAGCGUCCACGAGGUUAAUUUAAAGGGAGCAUGUUUCACAGUGACUGGACAACUAACACCUUGGACUACACAAUACAGUAUUAUAGACAAAAGAUAAGACAAAAGAUCUACACAUGUUGCCUUGCAUUUGUGGUAAUCUACACCAAUGAAAACAUGUACUACAGCUAUAUUUGAUUAUGUAUGGAUAUAUUUGAAAUAGUAUACAUUGUCUUGAUGUUUUUCUGUAAUGUAAAUAAACUAUUUAUAUCACACAAUAUAGUUUUUUCUUUCCCAUGUAUUUGUUAUAUAUAAUAAAUACUCAGUGAUGAGAAAAAAUGGCAUUCUUAAAUUUGCAGUAUUUCAUAACUGUAAAUAUAACCAAACAAGUCAAAUCUGUAAAGGUCCUGCUAUUUCAUCUUUCUGCACAUCUUCAGACAGCACAUUAGUUUGUACAGGACUCAGUGGCUAGAUUUUGAGUGAUUCUAAGAUCAAGGGAAAUGAUGGUUAUUGGAAAAGAGAAAAAAUAAUUUGCUUUAUAUCAAGUGGGGAUAAAAUAUUUCAGAUCUUUGGAUCAUCUCUAUUUCAUCUACUUUCUUCCCUGGUCUUCCAUUUUCAUUCCCAGGGCAGAAAGAUCUCUGACAUAUAAAUUAAAUCAAAGGUGAAGGGGAGGGAAAAUGUUUUAUAACUUGUAAAGAAAAGGGUUUUUACUGGGGAAGAUUCUAAGCUUGGAAUCUCUCAAUUAAGUGCAUAUGUCCAAAGGGUCCUAAAUAAGUUGCAUAUUAACUAUACACACUGUGGCAAACUCUAUUCUAUUUAGAUGAGAAGAAUUAAUAACAUCAUUAAAUGGGAAAUACAAAAAUUACAACCUCCUGGGAGAACUUUGCUGUAUUUGUAGUUUAUAUUUUUUGAAAUGGUAUUAGAACAAACAAAUAUCCCAUGAAUUGCUUUAUGGCUAAUAAGGCAUCAUUAUUUAAAAUGGAUCUAAG